GCGUGUUGUUGUGUGCAAUUUCCUGUUUCUCAGCGCCCCGACCAGGUUUGCCAGUUAGGAGAGGUUCGUCUACGUUCAUUCUUCAGCAAGAAUUUAAUAAUCUCCAUUGCGAUAUCGUCAGUCAACAAAAACUCACCAAGCUUAACAAUUCUUCCGGAUGACGCGAAACAAUCCCCCGCCUUACAACAGUACGAGCUCGUCAGAGAGAGAGCCUCUGAUGCCUAGCGAGCCUUCUCAUCUUCAUCAAUCCUUCAAGAGUUACAUUCGGACAGCAUUAAUUGCUAUCAUAGCUGCUUCAAUUGCGUUCAUCAUCUUUGCAUCAGUGUUCAGCGACACUUGUAAUAAUUCCUUAGAUCCGGAUGUUCGAGAUCGCAUUCGCAAGGACUGGGACAUCGAACUUCGCCAGCACCAGGAAGAAGUUCUCAAGCGCAUUGACACCCAAAAACGCUGGCUUCAGGAAGAUAAUGACAGGACUAGUCUCCGCGAACAAUGGGGAACGGAAGUGGAAAAGCACAAUCGUGAUGUGGAGGAGAGGCUCAGGCGCGAUGAAGAACACAAAACUCAUAUUCGCGAAAAAUGGGAAAGAGAAGUGGAAGAGUACAAUCGUGAUGUGGAAGAGAGACUAAGGCGCGAUGAAGAACACAAAAUUCGUAUCCGCGAACAAUGGGAAAGAGAAGUAGAAGAGCACGAUGAGGAAGUGAAGGAGGGACGGAGGCGUGACGAAGAAGAAAGAAUUCGUAUCCGCGAACAAUGGGAAAGAGAAGCGCAAGAACACGACAAGGAAAUGGAGGAGUCACAGAGGCGCGAAGAGCAAGAAAGAAUUCUUCUCCGUGAAAAAUGGAGGAGGGAGGUGGAAGGGCACGAACGUGAAGUGGAGAAGAGACGGAAGCACGAAGAAGAAGAACGCUUGAGAUUGAAUAUGUUUUGGACCGACCCGACUUCCCACACGUGCACGACAUAUGCCACUCGAGAGUACACUGCCCGACUGGUGAACGUUCCAUCAUACUAUGAUCGCCGUGUGGAGGCUUGCAUGGCCACACCGAUAAAGAUCCACGGAAUUGAAUACACACCUAAGUGGUGCGAGGAUCAUGGUCCAAACAAUGUAAUAGGACAUUGGGAAGUCGACCAGCAUGAGCCGGAUUGCGCAUCGUACUGGAUCUGGUACAAAGAUUUUGGCUGUAUUUCUCCCGGAUCCGGUCAGCGACGUAUUGAACAUUACCUCGAGAACAUCCCAUCUGGAGGUGAUUGGAAGGAGUUUUGUGCUACCACUCCUAUAAGCUUCCGUGGGAUGCACUUCACGGGGGCAGAGUUCUGCUUCAAAAAUAACGGUGCCACAUGGGGCCACUGGGUUUUUGAUGACGAGAGCUGCAAUUAGUCAAGUCACAAUGACGCUUCGAUGUUGGAUGAGGGUGACAUUGCCUUGGAAUUUUGAUGCGCUAUUUUUGCUGUGCCAUUGGAUGUACUUGUACUUGUAUCAUUGACAAGCGCAGGGUGUCCCAAUGGCAACU